AUGGGAGACGAACUGCCCCGGUUUCCCACGCCAGGUGAGACUUUUGGAGUCCCCACGCCAAUAAACGACAGACCAAUUCGACGGUCAGGCACUGACGAUUACUUCAACAGUGGAGGUAUUCCUCCUUUACCUGUACACAGACAGAGACAGACUUCGGCUCCACAUCCCACUGCCUACGACUAUCAAGUACCAUAUCCAGAUGGACAGGGCCAGUCUUCGAUGUAUGCUUCACAGUACGGACGGUCAGCUCCAGCACACACGAGUUCAUAUCCACCACCGCCGCCUCCUCCUAAUAUGGGAGGAAGUGGUGGAGGCGGUGGAGGAAAUGGUGGAGGAGUUGCUGCACGACCUUCUCGUUCACCACGACAGUCUCCAAGAGGACCACAAGUGCCAAUAUCGACGCCAGAAGCCAAUUUACGACAGUUAUUUCACGAUGUAGACAGAAACAAGAACGGCUAUUUAACGGAAUCAGAGCUCAAGAGCGCUCUUGUCAACGGAGACUAUACCCGGUUCGACAGAGAGACAGUGCGACUGAUGAUUCGUAUGUUCGAUGUCAAUGGCGAUGGUGCUAUUCAAUACAACGAAUUUGCUCAACUAUGGCGAUACCUGCACGAAUGGCGAGUCAUUUUCAACCGGUUCGACCGCGACAAGAGCGAUUCUAUCAGCAUCAACGAGUUCCACACUGCACUCGUGGCGUUCGGAUACUCGCUGUCCCAGCGAUGCACCGAGUACAUCUUCUCCAUCUACGCCAAACUGGAUCGUCGCGGCGUGGCCGUCAUGUCCUUCGACGUGUUUGUCCAGUCGUGCAUCCACAUCAAAAGCGUCACCGAAUCGUUCAAGAAGUUCGACACCGACCGCGACGGCUACAUCACCCUCGCCUUCGAGCAGUUCCUUGUCGAGGUCUCUCGUUUACGCUAA